AUGGUCCGGCUCGCCAGCCUCGUCUCACUGCACUUGGCGCUGCUGGGCUUGCUGCGGCAGCCGUCCACCAGAAGCCCAGGCUUGCUGUGCGCCCUGGACCGCUUGGCGUUCGGUGUCUUCAUCCUGAGCCCAUCAUUGCUCCGGAUCCUGCUGCUCUCCUGGCACGCAAGCUGCCUGGAGUUCACGUAUUACGCUUUGCUUAGCCACACGCUGGGCUCACUGCUGCUGUGCCUGGUUGCAGCUACGCUGCUCCACGCCUUUGUGCAGGAGCCUUGGCAGCAGGCGCUGCAGCGCUUGCUUCGGGAUCAAGAAGCGGCCAUGUCCUCGGUCUAUGGCCCCGAGCUUCUGAAGGACCCCACCGUCGCAGAUGACGUGGACGUGUCCUUGGGUCGCAAGAAAACCGGGGAGGAGUUUGAAACCGACCAUGAUCGCGCAAAGCGGAUCAGGAGGGAAAGACGAGCAGCAAAGGAGAAGGAGAAAGAGGAGCAGCAAAAACACGACAUGAACAAGGCGAUCAGCGCAUUGUUGGGUGGCGGCACUAGCAAGAAGCUGGACAUUUCUGGCGCCACCUUUCAGUCCUUCGGCCCCGGCCCCGCCGGCCCAUCUGGCCCCGGCCCGUCCGGACCGGCGGCCGGUCCGAGCGCUGGCCCCAGCGGGCCAGGCCCCAGCGGGCCGCCGGGUCCUGCUGGUCCAGGUGAAGCCAGUCCUGAUCCUCCUCAGGAGGCCAGCGCGGCGAAACCGGCAGGCCCUUCGCGGCCGAAGGUGCCCCAAGGCCCCGCGCGGCCGAAAGUGGAGGAGAUGCCGGAGCAAGAGAAGCCGGAGGAGAAGCCGCAGGAGAAGAAGGAAGUUAGGCUUGGGCACAUGGACAUCAUGAAGGAGCAGAAGCGUGUGUCCUGGGAUGAGCUGAAGACCCGCCUGGCGGAGACCAACAUUAAGGAGGCGGGGGUUCCUGGAUCCAAUGAGUUCGACGACUACGCUGCGAAGCUCGAGAAGACGAGGAACGAACGCUUGGCCCAGCAGGAGGACGACACCAAACGGGCGCUGAAGGUGGUCAACAAGAGCAAGAAGGAGAAGAAGGAGAAGAAGAAGGACAAGAAGUCGGGGUUGAAGCGCACAGCAGACGGUGCGGUGUUGGCCCAAAGCAGCGGGGACUCGGAGUCGGAACAGGACGAUGCCUUGCUGUCUCGCUACAAGAAAUCCAAAUGAACGUAUGCCGGAAA